AUGUCCACUCAACUUGGCCCCAUUUUCGCAUUUCUUCUGCUUCUUCUCCUAUUUUUCGAUGUUCAGGCAAAAAGUUUUGUGUAUUUUGUGAGAGUUGGGAGGAACGAUCAUCCGGAGGUUGGUUUUUUCGCAAUCGGGUUUUUGAGCUGAUCAUUUUGAAACCAAACAAGCCUAGACUCCGCCCAUUUUUGCAAUUUUAGCGCACAGUUUUUGAGCUGAUCAUUUUGAGACCCAAUAAGCCUAGGCUCCGCCCACUUUUUGCAAUUUUAGCGCACAGUUUUCUGAGCUGAUCAUUUUUAGACCAAACAAGCCUAGGCUCCGCCCACUUUUUGCAAUUUUAGGGCACAGUUUUGAGCUGAUCAUUUUGACACCAAACAAGCCUAGGCUCCGCCCACUUUUUGCAAUUUCAAGGCACAGUUUUCUGAGCUGAUCAUUUUGACAUCAAACAAGCCUAGGCUCCGCCCACUUUUUGCAAUUUUAGGGCACAGUUUUCUGAGCUGAUCAUUUUGACACCAAACAAGCCUAGGCUCCGCCCACUUUUUGCAAUUUCAAGGCACAGUUUUCUGAGCUGAUCAUUUUGACACCAAACAAGCCUAGGCUCCGCCCACUUUUGCAAUUUUAGGGCACAGUUUUCUGAGCUGAUCAUUUUGACAUCAAACAAGCCUAGGCUCCGCCCAUUUUUGCAAUUUCAAGGCACAGUUUUUGAGCUGAUCAUUUUGAGAUCAAACAAGCCUAGGCUCCGCCCACUUUUUGCAAUUUUAGGGCACAAUUUUCUGAGCUGAUCAUUUUGACAUCAAACAAGCCUAGGCUCCGCCCACUUUUUGCAAUUUUAGGGCACAGUUUUUGAGCUUAUCAUUUUGAGACCAAACAAGCCUAGGCUCCGCCCAUUUUUGCAAUUUCAAGGCACAGUUUUUGAGCUGAUCAUUUUGAGAUCAAACAAGCCUAGGCUCCGCCCACUUUUUGCAAUUUUAGGGCACAGUUUUUGAGCUGAUCAUUUUGAGAUCAAACAAGCCUAGGCUCCGCCCACUUUUUGCAAUUUUAGGGCACAGUUUUUGAGCUGAUCAUUUUGAGACACAAUAAGCCUAGGCUCCGCCCACUUUUUGCAAUUUUAGGGCUCAGUUUUUGAGCUGAUCAUUUUGAAACCAAACAAGCCUAGGCUCCGCCCACUUUUUGCAAUUUUAGGGCACAGUUUUUGAGCUGAUCAUUUUGAGACCAAACAAGCCUAGGCUCCGCCCACUUUUGCAAUUUUAGGGCACAGUUUUCUGAGCUGAUCAUUUUGACAUCAAACAAGCCUAGGCUCCGCCCACUUUUUGCAAUUUUAGGGCACAGUUUUUGAGCUGAUCAUUUUGAGAUCAAACAAGCCUAGGCUCCGCCCACUUUUUGCAAUUUUAGGGCACAGUUUUUGAGCUGAUCAUUUUGAGACCAAACAAGCCUAGGCUCCGCCCACUUUUGCAAUUUUAGGGCACAGUUUUCUGAGCUGAUCAUUUUGACAUCAAACAAGCCUAGGCUCCGCCCAUUUUUGCAAUUUCAAGGCACAGUUUUUGAGCUGAUCAUUUUGAGAUCAAACAAGCCUAGGCUCCGCCCACUUUUUGCAAUUUUAGGGCACAAUUUUCUGAGCUGAUCAUUUUGACAUCAAACAAGCCUAGGCUCCGCCCACUUUUUGCAAUUUUAGGGCACAGUUUUUGAGCUUAUCAUUUUGAGACCAAACAAGCCUAGGCUCCGCCCAUUUUUGCAAUUUCAAGGCACAGUUUUUGAGCUGAUCAUUUUGAGAUCAAACAAGCCUAGGCUCCGCCCACUUUUUGCAAUUUUAGGGCACAGUUUUUGAGCUGAUCAUUUUGAGAUCAAACAAGCCUAGGCUCCGCCCACUUUUUGCAAUUUUAGGGCACAGUUUUUGAGCUGAUCAUUUUGAGACACAAUAAGCCUAGGCUCCGCCCACUUUUUGCAAUUUUAGGGCUCAGUUUUUGAGCUGAUCAUUUUGAAACCAAACAAGCCUAGGCUCCGCCCACUUUUUGCAAUUUUAGGGCACAGUUUUUGAGCUGAUCAUUUUGAGACCAAACAAGCCUAGGCUCCGCCCACUUUUGCAAUUUUAGGGCACAGUUUUCUGAGCUGAUCAUUUUGACAUCAAACAAGCCUAGGCUCCGCCCACUUUUUGCAAUUUUAGGGCACAGUUUUUGAGCUGAUCAUUUUGAGAUCAAACAAGCCUAGGCUCCGCCCACUUUUUGCAAUUUUAGGGCACAGUUUUUGAGCUGAUCAUUUUGAGAUCAAACAAGCCUAGGCUCCGCCCACUUUUUGCAAUUUUAGGGCACAGUUUUUGAGCUGAUCAUUUUGAGACCAAACAAGCCUAGGCUCCGCCCACUUUUGCAAUUUUAGGGCACAGUUUUCUGAGCUGAUCAUUUUGACAUCAAACAAGCCUAGGCUCCGCCCAUUUUUGCAAUUUCAAGGCACAGUUUUUGAGCUGAUCAUUUUGAGAUCAAACAAGCCUAGGCUCCGCCCACUUUUUGCAAUUUUAGGGCACAAUUUUCUGAGCUGAUCAUUUUGAGAUCAAACAAGCCUAGGCUCCGCCCAUUUUUUGCAAUUUCAGGGCACAGUUUUUUUUUCAGAAUCAUUUCAACAUGUUCGAUCAAUCGCGAUUUUUCCAAUACGAACUUCUAGUCCCCGAAUCUUCAUCCACACAAACAACAUCGGAAAUUGUGGUGAAGCCGAUUGUAGAAGAUCAUAGAGAAAGUCCGCAACAGGAAAGACAUACCUAUCAGAUAAUGGGAGCUCCGGUUAGUUCGCGCGCCAAAAAUUUUGAUUUCAAAAAUUGUAUUUUCCAGGUCUCGCUAUCCAAUCCGCUCUUCAAUAUGGUCACAAAAGUUCACGACAUUUUUCGAUGGGCCCAAAAUUUGGAUGAUGAUAAUGGUCCCGAUGAGGAACGAUAA